AAGUGAGAUCAUGCAUGUGGGGGAAUAACAAGACGGCUCCGCUCGGGAAGACUGUUUUGAGAGGAUUUGCCGCAGAAGCGGCUAGAAAGCAGCAGACCACCACCGGGACCUCAAUCUCCGUCCUCCAGAAGCUGUGCUGAAGAGAUCCCACCCCCACCCCCACGCCCAAAUGGUGGUUUGCAGAAUAAUGAUUCCUUCUGCUUUCCUGGUUCUGAUCCUUGCAGGCUUUCUGCCCCCACCACUAGGUGCUCAGGACCCUGCCAUGGUGCACUACAUCUACCAGCGCUUUCAAGUCUUGGAGCGAGGGUUGGAAAAAUGCACGCAGGCCACGAGGGCAUACAUUCAAGAAUUCCGAGAGUUUUCCAGAAACAUAUCAGCCUUGGUGGGAAGAUGUCAGAGCCACACAAAUGAGUACAAGAGUGCAGUCAACCACGUGGCACUGAGGGUGGAGCGUGCCCAGCGGGAGAUCGACUACCUGCAGUACCUCCGAGAAUCUGACGCCUGUGUGGAAUCAGAGGAUGCAACGUUGGCAGAAAAGCUCAUCCAAGAAGCUGAAGAAGAAAAAAAGGUCCUCACUCUGCUGAAUACAAGCUGUGACAACAUGCUGACAGGCAUAAAGUCUCUGAAAAUAGUGAAGAGGACUAUGGAUGCAGAUGGCUCUUGGAUGAAAGAUAUUGUCAGUGACUCUCCAAAGGUUUAUCUCUUAAUUGGAUCCAGAAACAACACUGUUUGGGAAUUUGCAAACAUACGGGCUUUCAUGGAGGAUAGCAGCAAACCAGGCCCCCGGAAGCUAAUCCUCACACAUUCCUGGCAGGGAACAGGUCAAGUGAUUCACAAAGGUUUUUUGUUUUUUCACAACCAAGGGACUCCCAAUGAGAUAAUCAAAUACAACCUGCAGAAGCGGACUGUGGAAGAGCGAAUGCUGCUCCCGGGAGGGGCGGGCCGAGCGCGGGUCUACCAGCACUCCCCCGCAACUUUCAUUGACUUGGCUGUGGAUGAGCACGGGCUCUGGGCGGUCCACGUGGGGCCCGGCGUCCAGGGCCAUUUGGUUCUCACAAAAAUUGAUCCUGGCACCCUGGGAAUAGAGCACUCAUGGGAUACGCCCUGUAGGAGCCAGGAUGCCGAAGCCUCGUUUCUCAUCUGCGGGGUCCUCUAUGUGGUCUACAGUUCUGGGGGCCAAGGCCCCCAUCGUAUCACCUGUGUCUUUGAUCCCCGGGGCGCUAUCAGAGAGGAGGAUCUGUCCAAUUUGUUCUUCCCCAGGAGGCCGAGAAGUCACUCUGUGAUCCAUUACAACCCCAGAGAUAAACAGCUCUAUGCCUGGAAUGAUGGAAACCAGAUCAUUUACAAACUUCAGACAAAGAGAAAGCAGCCUCGGGAGUGAUGCAUUACAGCAUGAGGAGCUCACGAGGGCCCAACGGCCACUACCCACCGGAACACAGUGUAGCCUGGGACAAAAUCCAGUAGCGGGAACACAUCCGUUAAGAGAUAUCACAGUGUUAGGUAACUUCCAGGAUCUGGGAUCACAAUUUGUCUCCAGAAAAAUUUUUAACUUCCCUUCCCCAGCUGAACCUCCUAGCUUGCAAGGCCUUUCACAUUCUGACUUAACUUCUAACUUUUUCUGUGACCAUUAUUUACCUUAACUUUCCCUCUGUUCUCAGCCAGUAGGAGUAUAAGUUGCCCCAUAAUAGCCCUUGCUCUUCUCUAUCUGUUACUGAAAAAUCUCCCUCCUCUUACUGUUGUUAUUAUUCCUUGAGUUAGUUUAUUUUGGUUCUGAGAAUUGAACUCAGAACCUUAUAUACCUGAACUAUGCAGUCUAACUGAGCUACAUCCCUGGACACACACAUGGUUAUUGAUAUUCUUUCACUUUUUGAUGGCCAGGUAUUUUUUAAACUCAAAAAAAAAAUUUGAAGGGGAGGUACCACACCUGGCGAUACUCUGGGUUACUCCUAGCUCUGCACUCAGGAAUUACUCCUGGCAAUGCUUGGAGGACCAUAUGGGGUACCAGGAAUCAACCCUAGGCCUGGUGCAUGCAAAGCAAGUGCCAUAUUUCUAUAUCAUCUUUCUGACCCCAUAUUUUUAAAACAUUUACAUUUUUGUAAUUAAUUUUUUACUGAAGUAACAUUUUAUCAUGACUUAUCUGUUUCAGGUACAGAUUAAUCAUUAACUAUACAUACUACAUUAGAUUCACCACUAAAGUUCAAAUCUGUCUAUCAUCAUACAAUUGUACCCUUUUACCCAAUUUACCCACCAGUACUUUCUGAUUUUUUUUUUUUUGAGAGGGACUCCUAAGUGUGCUCAGGAUGUCUGGGGAGUCCCCUGGUGAUACUCAGUCAACUGAGAUGCAGUUCAGGGCAAGGGCCUGAAGAUACGAUACUACUCUGGCCCCAUAGAGCUCGGGAUCACUGGGUGUUAUUGGGGGCCCCCAGGACUGCACCCUGUAAUGCUCAGGGUAUCAUAUGAUGCCAGGAAUCCAACUAGGGCUGUGCACAAACUGGACAUGCACCCUGGUCACUAUGCUACCUCCUGGCUCCAUUAAUGCUCUUUCUUAUAUAAUCCUGAUUUCCUCUGGUCCUGAUCCUCCCCCAGCUAGGUAGCUGUAACAGUAGGGUAAAAUUAUUAACACCUGCGUAUCACUUUCCAGUUAUAAAGUUUGUGCAUUUAUGUUGCUUCCUUUCAUUCCAGCUCUCUCUUGUGAGCUACUCAGAACUGUUUUAAGAUGUUUCCCCUGUUUCAAGAUGAAAAAGUGAAGAUAAGCUAUUCAAAGUGGCAUAGUCACAAUAGGAGAGAUGAUGCAAGAAAACACAGCAUACCUCAUAGUCUUUCCAUCGCCCAAGAGAGCAUCAAAUAUGUGUAUUUGUUCUCCCAACCCCUCAAAAGUAAAAGGUUCCUUGUUUCAGCCUCCAGUCCAUUUUCGUGUCUGUACAAGACCUUCCAAUAGGCCUUUCAAAAGCAACUUACUCCCGAAAACCAGCCUAAGGGGUAGGACCCCACCUUUAGUCUCAUCUAGUCUUAUCCCGCCUCUUCCCUGCUUCUCUCUUCUUGCUGGAAAUACAAUAAAACUGGCAC